GUGCCCGGGUCUCUGCUUGGGCAGUGUCUCUCUCGGUGUCUCUGCUGCCUCUAUUCCUUGGAGCAGCUCUGAGGUGUCCUUUCUCCCAGGUCAUCGUGGGGCAGGAGGCCUCACACGCCACAACCUGAGGACAGGGCAGCAGCAGAGGGAGCCCAUUGGCUACAGCACUGAGCCAUUCUUGAGGUGGCAGGAGGCAUGCCCCGGACACUGAGCACCUCCGACAUGGUCACCCCGGGCAGCCUCAGCCCGCUGCCCUCAGAGCCCGCAGACGACAAGCAGGCUGGGCAGCCCCUCCUGGAUGGAGCUCCCUCCUCCGCUCCUCUGGACACCCUCAUUCAGCAGCUGGUGCCCACCGCCGAUUACUACCCUGAGAAAGCCUACAUCUUCACCUUCCUGCUGAGCUCUCGCCUCUUCAUUGAGCCCCGGGAGCUCCUAGCCCGGGUCUGCCACCUGUGCAUCGAGCAGCAGCAGCUGGACAAGCCAGUGCUGGACAAGGCUCGAGUCCGGAAGUUUGGCCCCAAACUGCUCCAGUUGUUGGCCGAGUGGACCGAGACCUUCCCACGGGACUUCCAGGAGGAGUCGGCCAUCAGGCACCUGGAGGACGUGGCUAGCCGCAUCACCCCCUGUGAUGAGCCCUGUUUCAGUGACAAAACCAACAACCUAGAGGCCUAUGUGAAGUGGUUCAACCGAUUGUGCUACCUGGUGGCCACUGAGAUCUGCAUGCCAGCCAAGAAGAAGCAGAGGGUUCAGGUGAUCGAGUUCUUCACUGAUGUGGCCCGAGAGUGCUUCAACAUCGGCAACUUUAACUCCCUGAUGGCCAUUAUCUCUGGUAUGAACAUGAGCCCCGUCUCCAGGCUGAAGAAGACCUGGGCCAAGGUGAAGACGGCCAAGUUCUUCAUCCUGGAGCACCAGAUGGACCCAACGGGGAACUUCUGCAACUACAGGACGGCCCUCCGCGGGGCAGCCCACCGCUCCCUGACCGCGCACAGCAGCCAGGAGAAGGUUGUCAUUCCCUUCUUCAGCCUGCUCAUCAAAGACAUCUACUUCCUGAAUGAGGGCUGUGCCAGCCGCCUUCCCAAUGGACACAUCAACUUUGAGAAGUUCCUGGAGCUGGCCAAGCGAGUCGGGGAGUUCGUCAGGUGGAAACAGGUGGCCUGUCCCUUCGAGCAGAACCCCAGCAUCACCAGCUACCUGCACACGGCGCCUGUCUUCAGCGAGGACGGUCUUUAUUUGGCUUCUUAUGAGAGUGAGAGUCCAGAGAACCAAACAGAGAAAGAGAGGUGGAAAUCUCUGAGGCUGCUGGCUAUGGAAAAGCUGCUGCUCUUCUAAUGUCAGACUCUCAGCUGGCCACAGAUGACCUGAAAGCAGCAAGUUGGCCACACAUGACCUGGAUGAUGUCUUUGUUUUCUUUUGCUGUGACUGAACACCACAGACUGGGAAAUUUAUGAAAACUAAAGAUUUCUCUUAGCUCAUGGCUCUGAGCUGGGAAGUCUAAGCAUGGUAUUGCCAUCUGCUCAGCAUCCUGAGGGCCUUCUUGGUGAUGGUGACUCUGUACGGAGUACCAGGGUGACACGGGAUUCCCCGUGACAAGACAGAACAAGCGCACUCAGUAGGGUGUCCACCCUUCUUAUAAAAGCUACUAAUGCAACAGGGGUGGGGGCUCAUUGUUGUGACUUUAUAUACUCUUAACCAUCUCCCAAAGGCUCCCCCUCCAAAUACUAUUAAUAAAUGGCUUUAUUUUUAAGUUCCAACGUGAGUUUGGGGAGGAAAAAACUCCAGACCAGGUGACAGAUCUGAUGAGAGAGGCCCAGACCCCACUUCUACUUCUGGAGGAAAGCAGCCACCGAUCAGUGGGCAGGAAGUGCGAGUAGGGGACCUUUGUGGGCUUCCCCUGCAUCACACGGAGGCUGCCCUUCUUUGCCCCAUGCCCUUUGGCUUUGGCCCUGGUGAGGCUAUUCUUCUGGCAUCACAUACACUCUUGGCAAGGAUGACGGUCAAGGUGGCCCAUGUUUCAGGAGCCAAGUGUGGGCCUUGACUCCAGGCGGACCACCAGUCAGAUGCUCUUCCUGGAAGACUGCAGACGUGGCUGAGCAGGAACUCCCUAAAGCAGCUGCCAGACCAGAGUUGCCUGGGUGCUGCUCUUUCUGAGCUGUCCCAGUACCUUCCCUCAACCGGACAAGCAGCUCUGCAGCCUUCCCAAAGAAUCUUGUUCUGUGUCCCCCCUGCUGUGCCCAGAAGGCUUUCCCAAAUAUAGGGCCCCUGGGGAGAGGGCCUCGAGGCCCGGGAUGGCCAUGCCAGCUCGGCCUGAGCACCAGCAGCCAGGCAUCGUCUGCUCUCUCUCAGUUCUUAGAUCACUGUGAUCAAACAUCCUCACAAAGGACAAAGUGAUGCCUUCGAUUCUGCUAAAAGGUGGACACCCUGGCAGCUCCUGCCUACUCGGCAUUCCAAGGGGAAAAUCAAGCUCAGGACCUGCUUGAAUUCCUGGACAGACCUCAGCUCAAGUGUCUGGCUUUCUGGACUAGUCAGAUGCAAAAAAAUUCAGGAGUUAUCUGAACCCUGAGCCUGGCCAACCUGAGGUAGUGAAAUGAGUGGAUGAGUGUCCUACGGCCAGCAAAGAUUGGGCUUGUGUGCCGGAGCCACCAUUCACACCUCCUCAGCUGGGCAAAGUGGGCCUGAAAAUCCCUAUGAGAGAAGGGCUUCAGGACAAUUAAAUUCUUAUCUCCACCAGAUGUGCUGGUGCACACCUGUAAUCCCAGCUACUUAAGGCUGAGGCAGGAGGAUUUUAACUCCAAAGCCAGUCCAAGCAAUUUAGGUACAGUGUGUCUCAAAGUAGAAAAGGGCUGGGGAUGUAGCUGUACACUGCCCAUGGAUUCAAUCUCCAGUAGUGCAAAAAAAUUAAAUUAAAUUAAAAUUCUGUUCUCUGGAACAUGACGAGGUUUGUCACCCCAUCUGACCACAAGCCCACAGCCUCCAGUGUGGUCUUGAGCCCUGGGCUUGGGGGGACUGCCAGCUUGGCAGGCCUCUGCCCUCACACCCCCACUGCUUCCUUAGAGUGAACCCACCAGGAAAGGGAGGGAGGGCCGCUUCCUGUAGCAGGACGGUUGGAGGUAAGUGGAGCCUGGGCCGCUUCCAUUUUCUUAGGUUCCUGGCAUACGAAGAAUGAGGAAAGUUACAGUAACUGUAUAAUUUCAGUGUCUGCAUAGAAAAGGUGGAAUAUAGUACAUCUGUGUUAUGGACAAGAUAAUUGCAGAACUCCUGGUAAUUUUGAGUGGUGUAGUUGUAGGGCAGGAUGCAAGUCUAGAGUCUCAAGAUAGAUACCUACUCCUGAAAAGUUUUUGGAGCUACAUCUGUACCCUGAAAGUCUGAGCUUUUACAAAAAGAUGUAAGGAAAUGCAAUGCAAAAAGUUUAUUGGAUUCCAGUCCACGAAAACAAUGGGGGACAUUUUUAGAUGUUUGGGAACUUUUGCAUAAGAGUGCAAUAUGAAUGGGAUACGAGGUUAUUUUAGAGAAUAAUCAUUCAUUACUUUGGUCAUGAUACUGUAAGAGCAUAGCCAAAAGGACCAUUGCUGUGGUUUGGUUAUUGUGUUAGUCAGCUUUCUGUUAGUGUAAAAACACCUGACAUGAUCAGUUCGUAAAGAAAAGAUGUUUGUUUUGGCUUAGUGUCGUGGAGGAUUCAGUCCAUGACGAGUUAUUCCUGUUUUUGGAUCCCUUGGUAAGACAGGACAUCAUAGUGGCGGCAUGUGGCAAAAUUGCUUACCUGGUGGCUGGAAUGCAAACGAGGAGGAAGGAGGAGGAGCUGAUGUUCCGGUAUCCCCUCGUAGGGAUCCCCAACAACCUCUCCCUAGGACUUCCCUCCCUUGAGUUCUGUCACCUCCCUACAAGCACCAGAGUCUGAAGACCAAACCUGUAACACAUGGCCUUUGGGGACACUUACCCACCCCGUGGCAGGUGUGGCCUCAGCGCAUCCCCCAGUGGGAAUCCACAGCUGUGUCCCCAGUGUGCCAGUCCUGAGGUGGUGGGGACCCGAGAGGUAGGGCCCAAAGGAAGAGGACUAGGUCACCAGGCCCCCGUAGGAUGGGGUAAUGGUGGCCUCUGAGCAGAUUGGGUCUCAAAGGAGUGAAUUCCCAGCGAAGGGUUAGUUAGAACACGGUGAACUGGGCCAAUGGUACUUACUUCCUUGCUCACACAGGUGGCCAUUUCUCUUUCCACUUCCAUCAUGGUGUGACACAGCCAAAGCACCCUUGCUGGUACAGUAGCACAAUGCUCUUGGACCCCCAGAACUGUGAGCUCUUUUCUUUACAAAAUACCCAGCCCUGGGUAUUUUGUUAUAGCAACAAAAAAUCAAGUAAGACAUCACAAAAUAGUUUAAACUUUAUUUUCUUGACAGCAUAAGGGAUUGAACCCAAAGCCACAUCCCCACUUCUUUUUU